CAUGAGAAGCUGCCCACUGUCCAUGAAACCAAACCCUCAUUUAAUGGCCAUCCUCACCAGACCGUGAACCCUCCUUUUCCUUUGCAGACGCGUACCACCAUUGUCCACCCACUUGUAAAGCUUCUCUUCUCCGGAUAGCACUCUCCCUUUCUCUCAACCUCAAUCUCAUCUCCAAUUACUCCUUCUCAUCCUUCUUUGCAACAUAAACAAAUCAAAGAGAAACUAAAAGGAGUGGUUCAAAUGGAAGGAGCACUAGAGCGUGCACAACAGGUACAGGUAAACAACAACAUGUUGUGGGAUUGUGGAAGCUCUCUUUAUGAUUCAUUUGAGCUCAAGGCAUUCAACAAACAACUUGAUUCGGCGAUUGCUUCUCGAAGCCUAUCGAUGCCACGAUUCGUGGAGCCUGCACCAGUGCCGGCCCCUGUCCAAGUCUCAGCCUCUAGAAAAUCAUCCAAGUUCUCACGUUCACUUAGCAAGCUUCUCCGUGCCAUGCUAAGGUUGAAACCUGCAAACAGUGGAUCAUUCCAGGGUUAUACACGUGCUGAGUUAGGUUUUUACAGUGUUGAGCUUGGCCGUGGAGGGUUGUGGACCAUACCGGAGGUGUCUGAGAAAGGGUUGGAGUCACCGGAGUUUGAUCCGGUGGUGAGGAAGACUGUAAGUGAGAGGUUUGUUAGCUCUGCAGUUGCUGCCCGCUUGGGGCUGGAGUGCAGUUGAAAAUGGAAUAUUCUGGCAACUUGAAGUAGACCUUCAUGGCUUGAUGUUAGGUUAAGCUGUUUGACUUUGGAAGUUAAUGGCCAUGUUAGGGUUAGGGUUAGGGUUUGGUCAAUGGUGAGUGAAAGGAGGGCACGUGGCUGGUUAUAGCCUGGAUCAAGAUUCAAGAAGUUCAAUGCUUUUGUUAUUAAUGUUUGGAGAGAGAGAGAGAGAAGAGAGAGAGAUGGGAUGAAGGGAAGCAGGAAGAAGGGACCAAUAUAUUUCAUGGUGAUCAAUUGAAGUUUGAAUCUAUUCAGUGCUGUGAAGGUGUCUAUCUUUAUGUUUUGGUUGACAGGUUGCCUGGUACUAUGGCAGCAUGUACAAUAAUGUUUCAUUUUGUGUUUAGUUUUUGUUUCACCAGUAGUUGUUGUCUAUGUUGUGUUUGUUUGUUGAUCUUUCUUUGUAAGUGUUUGUGAUUAUUAUGGAAAGAGUGGAUAUGUAUUUUGCAUUUGUUUCUUCUUUCUCAUA